UCAGGUGGAGGUGAGGUGGUUGGAGAGAGUCAGAGAGUAAUGAGCAGGAUUGGGCUCAGUGUUGUGGCCCUCCUGUGUGUGGGGGUGCCAUGCUUUCUUGCCCUGCGAGUCUAUACCAACAGCUGGGCUGUGCAGGUUGCUGGGGGCCCCCAGGAGGUGGAGAAAAUCGCCGAGAAGUUUGGCUUUAUCAGCCUAGGAAAGGUUAUUCUUGGCAGUGAUUUAUACCAUUUGCAGCAUCGUGGAGUGCAGAGAAAAUCUUUCACCCCUCAUCGAGGCAGGCACGUCAGACUGAAAAGGGAACCUAAGGUGCAGUGGCUUGAACAACAAGUUUUGAAGAAAAGGGCUAAAAGACAUACAAGUGCGGUGCCUACAGAUCCCUUGUUCCAUAAGCAGUGGUACAUGAACAAUGACAUUAGUCCAGACUUGAACGCGUUAACUGCAUGGCGUCGUGGCUUCUCAGGAAAAGGUGUGGUAGUGACUAUCCUGGAUGACGGAAUUGAGAAAGAUCACCCGGAUCUAGAAGCAAAUUAUGAUACCAUGGCAAGCUUUGACUUCAACGAUAAUGACCCUGAUCCUCAGCCACGAUAUACCCCAUCCAAUGAGAACAGCCAUGGGACACGUUGUGCUGGAGUAGUGGCUGCAGUAGCAAAUAAUAACAUCUGUGGUACAGGGAUUGCAUACAACGCAAGAAUAGGAGGCAUCCGGAUGCUUGAUGGAUUGAUCACUGAUAUUAUUGAAGCUCGGUCUCUGAGUCUGAAUCCACAGCACAUUCACAUCUACAGUGCAAGCUGGGGACCAGAGGAUGAUGGAAUGACUGUUGAUGGACCGGGCGUUUUGGCUAUGGAAGCCUUUUAUAGGGGAAUAGCACUUGGACGUGGUGGUCUUGGUUCCAUUUUUGUAUGGGCGUCUGGAAAUGGUGGCCUGCGUUAUGACAACUGUAAUUGUGAUGGCUACAGCAAUAGUAUAUACACGCUAUCGGUCAUCAGCACCACAGAGAAUGGAGAGAUUCCAUGGUAUAGCGAGGCUUGCUCAUCCAUACUCACUACUACAUUUAGCAGUGGCAAAAAGAAAGACAGGCAGAUUACCACCACUGACCUGCGCAAGCAGUGCACUGAACACCACACAGGAACAUCAGCAUCUGCACCUUUGGCUGCUGGGAUAAUUGCCCUUGCACUGGAAGCCAAUCCUGCCCUCUCUUGGAGGGAUGUCCAGCACAUUGUGGUGAGAGCAUCAAGUCCUGCAAAUCUGGUUGCCGAUGACUGGGAGAUAAAUGGAGUUGGGAGAAAAGUGAGUCAUCAUUAUGGAUAUGGUCUUUUAGAUGCUGGAAAACUGGUGGAUCUUGCCCAGAAGUGGGAAAUGACGCAUCCUCAGAGAAGAUGUGAGGUCAACAUUGUAAACAGCCCUCAGAAACUGACUUCUGGGCUUAUUGUAAGCAGAAACAUCAGUGCAUGUGCUGGAUCUCCUAACUAUAUCCUGUCCUUAGAACAUGUCCAGGCCCAAAUCUCUCUUGGUUAUACCCGGAGGGGUGACCUUCAAAUUUUCCUCACCAGUCCAAUGGGCAUGCGUUCUGUUCUGGUAUCUCCAAGACCGUAUGACCGUAGCAGUGCAGGUUACAGAAAAUGGACUUUUAUGACCACCCACAGCUGGGAUGAGAACCCACAGGGUACAUGGACCCUAGAGCUAGUGAACAAAGGAAACGUCUGGAACAAUGGAUUUCUAAACCAUUUCACGCUUAUUCUGUAUGGCACUGACGAAAAUGUAAUGGCUAGAAAAGUAUCUGAGCCUGUGUUACGGGACUGUGUGACUCGUGACAUCAAUGGAACGUGCCUGGAAUGUGAAAUGCCAUUUUAUGCCUUUGGACACUUUUGCAUUACUUACUGCCCUUCAAAAUACUUCAAGACAUUGCAGCCGGUUAGGACAACUGAAAAAUUGCCUGCGAUUCCUCGUACUGCCCGAGCCUGUACUCCUUGUCACUAUACAUGCUACACCUGCAGGGGACCCUCUGCUAAUAAUUGUACUGCCUGCCCACUCUUUUCUUCAUAUAAUGAGAGAGCACAUUCCUGCUCCCAGCCUUCCUAUCCAGGGCUAGAUUUCAGUACCAGUAAAUCCAGGGAAGUCUUAAGUUUUGCCAUAAUAAUAGCCAUGGUUUUAGGAGGCAUGGUGUUUUUGAUCUGCCUGGUUUCUUCACUUUUCCUGAUGUUAAACAGAAUACAUGUCUACAGAUUCUCAUCUCCUAAUAUGCCACACACACCUGGCCUGGAAAUGUGCAAUCUUCGAAGUCAGGGUGAUGAAUCUGCUGUUGCACAGGAACAUAAUUGAAAGAUUUCAUCUACUGUGACGGAAGAGACUAUAAAGUCCUAAAAAAAAUGUACAGUUAGCAUGAGGAUUAUCACCUAAAUAUAAAUCAAAUGCAAAUAUAUUUACAAUGUGUGUAUAAUUGUAUAAUAUUAAAAUAAUGUGAAUAUGUUUA